AUGACUUGCACAAAGGUGCCAGUGGGCCUGAGGCAGUGCAGGACUGCUAUAAAAGGCAGCCCAAGUCUCUGCUCUCGCAUUCAAUUCUCUCACCUCCUUCUCCUCAGGAAUCAGGUGCCCCUGUGAGCCAGAGACAUGUCGUGCUGCCAGCCCUGCAACCCUUGCUGCCAGCCCUGCGGCCCGACCCCGCUGGCCAACAGCUGCAAUGAGUGCUGUGUCAGGCAGUGUCAGAGCUCCACUGUUGCCAUCCAGCCCUCUGCUGUGGUGGUGACCCUGCCCGGGCCCAUCCUCAGCUCCUUCCCACAGAACACCGUGGUGGGAUCCUCCACCUCCGCUGCCGUUGGCAGCAUCCUCAGCUGUGACGGAGUGCCCAUCAACUCCGGGGGCUUUGACCUCUCCUGCAUCACCAACCGCUACAGGUGUCGGCCCUGCUAA